AUGACCUUCAUCUCAUCGGCUGAAAUCCGAGGCGGCGCCUCCAAGAUCUUCUCGACAUCUUACAACGACAAACAGUACGACCCGCCCGCCGCUGCAGAGAGCGUGCGUCGCCCCUAUUGGGGAGUACCUCUGAACAGCCGUAGACAACGCGAGGGCAUCAAGUACGAUGUCCGUGCCGUCUACCCUUCUGACCACCUCCUCAGUAAGCAAGUUAAUGUCGCCUCUUCCCUACCUCAGCCCUCUUCGCUCAAUGAGUACUUCCUUCGAGCGAGGGUCUCAGAAGACGAUAAGUAUCUUAGGCCGAUUUGGGAGAAGGAGACUGGAAAGACACAAGGUUAUGAUGAGGACGCAGAACUACAGAGGUCACUUCGCAGCUUCGUACCCAGUGCUGCACAGCAACCUGACAUCCCCUCUCACCCACCACAGGCCUCAUUCAAUGAGUACUACCUCCGAGCCAAAGUCUCAGAAGACAAUACGUAUCUCCAGCCGCUCUGGGAGAAUGAGACUGAACAAACACAAGGCUGUGACGAGGACGUAAAACCAAGGUUCUCCCUGCGCAGCUUCCUACCCAUUGUUGCACUUCUCCCUGUACUGACUUUCUUCGGCCUCAUCGUUCUUUCACACCUUGCAUCAUCUGCUAUUCGUGGGACCGUCUGGCUGGUCAGUGGCAUCUGCAACUGUGCCCUCCUGUGGGUGGCGUACAUGGUCUUUCCGCUAGUGCAGUGGGUGAGGGAUAGUGCUUUCCAGAUCUCGGUUAGGACGGCGCGGUGGACUAGGCCUAGGUCUGGGACAUUCUGGAUGGGCGUGGUGAUGGGCUUGCUGGCUGUCAAUUGGGUUAUGAGCCGUGUAGAAGAACGAGCACCUAUAGUAGCGGUGUUUAGGAGGGGUGCAGCAGAGGGUAGCACGUUUAGGGUGAGUAUCUCGUAG